ACCGACAUGGCCCAGGAACGCCCCUCCUGUGCUGUGGAGCCCGAGCAAGUCCAGCGGCUGCUGCUGUCCUCUCAUGAGGCCAAGAAGUCAGCCUACUGCCCCUACAGCCGCUUCCCUGUUGGGGCUGCCCUGCUCACCGGAGACGGGAGGAUCUUCUCUGGUUGCAACAUAGAAAACGCCUGCUACCCACUGGGUGUGUGCGCCGAGCGGACUGCCAUCCAGAAGGCCAUCUCAGAAGGAUACAAGGAGUUCAGGGCUAUUGCUAUCUCCAGUGACCUACAAGAGGAGUUCAUCUCUCCGUGCGGAGCCUGCCGACAGGUCAUGAGGGAGUUUGGCACCGACUGGGCCGUGUACAUGACCAAGCCAGAUGGCACAUACGUAGUCAGGACAGUCCAGGAGCUGCUGCCGGCCUCAUUUGGGCCUGAAGACCUGCAGAAGGUUCAGUGAAGCUAAAGGACAGAACACCUGCCUGUGUGGGCCUGGGCUCCCUACCUGAGGGCCAGGUCCUGGAAGAUUUCAUAAUGAUGCUGUCCCUGGCUGGGCCUGGAGACACCUGCCACCUGGGUGGUCCCAAAUGGCUAGGCAAGGGCGACCUUGAUUCACACACACCACAGUCCCCCUAGAGUGAUGGAAGCUAUCACUCAGCCUGGGCCAAAUCCCGCAUCCUCCUGGAGACUUGGAUCAGUCCACCCCACCCUCCCUCCUGCAGGCCCUGACAUUCCGGGCCUGGCCUGCCUCCCUGCCAGCCUCUCAAGGUGCUGUCCUGUUCCGUGUGACUUU